UCGUGUAAAAAAUACAUCAAAUGCAAUUUAUCAUGGAUUUAUAUCACUUGGUCCAUGGUUUGGAUCUAGUUCCUUUGGAAGUAAUGCAGAUACUAAAAGUUGGUAUCAUUCGGAUAAAUAUGAAUAUGAUUCAAUUGCAAGUUUAGAUG